ACUAACAAAAGUCAAUAGUUAUGGUGCACCACAAUAAACAUUGAAAACGUUGUAAAAUAGUUAUUUUUCGGUAAUUAAUUAAUAUUGUGACUUAGUCUAACUUAAAAAAAAUGGAUGAUGAAGCUGAGACCUAUAAACUGUGGCGAAUUCGUAAGACAGUCAUGCAGUUAUGCCACGACCGGGGCUAUUUAGUAACCCAAGACGAGUUGGACCAGACCUUGGAACAGUUCAAAGAGCAAUGCGGCGACAAACCUAGCGAAAAACGGCCGUCUCGUAACGAUUUAACAAUUCUGGUGGCUCACAAUGAUGAUCCCACCGACCAAAUGUUUGUUUUCUUUCCCGACGAGCCCAAAAUUGGCAUAAAAGCAAUUAAAACGUAUUGUCAGAGGAUGCAAGACGAGAAUAUUCAUAGGGCCAUUAUUGUGGUCCAACAAGGCAUGACACCAUCAGCCAAACAAUCACUGGUGGACAUGGCCCCCAAAUACAUAUUGGAACAGUUUUUAGAGUCCGAAUUACUGAUUAAUAUCACCGAACACGAACUGGUCCCCGAACAUGUAGUGAUGACACCAGAGGAAAAGCAGGAAUUGCUUACUAGAUACAAAUUGAAGGAAAAUAUGCUGAUGAGGAUACAGGCCGGCGACCCCGUGGCGCGAUACUUCGGCCUGAAGCGCGGACAGGUGGUUAAAAUCAUUCGGCCAUCGGAAACCGCCGGACGUUACAUUUCCUACAGGCUUGUCUGCUGAACUAAUUUAAAUUUAAACCGUCACAUUGUCGUCGGAGGGAGGCGAGCUGUACUCUUUUUAUGUAUUUGAAUAUGUGCUUGAUGAUCAAUAAAUUUUGUAUUUGAAAUGAUUAAAAA